AAUAACUUAGAUGCCAUGAAUACUAUACACCACGCAGUACAUGCAUCUAUUGAGCAUGUUCUGGAUGUGAACCACUGGUUUGUCAUAGUUAUGGAAGUGAUGUCAAUCGUCCGUCCGUCCGUCCGUCCCAGCGGUCUGUAAGAGCCAGGGGCAUUCCUGGAAUACCAGAAAUGUCUAGUCAAACUAAGACCUAGAUGUGAAGAAUAGAUCCUGCUCACUGGAGAAUAAAGGGCAGCCUUUGUUGCAUUGUACAUUAAUGUAGCAUCAGCAAAACACAAAAGAAAAGGAGAACUUUCAUUGGUUUGCAGCACUCAGGAGGCCUUCAGUCAUACGAAACUACUUUUAAUAUAGUAACUGGUGGUCUAGAAGACAGUUGGAAUAUUACAUUGCUCUUUUGAGAAUGUGCAGGGCACCGGACAAAGCUGUCUCAGGCUGUGUUGAAUAACAAGGACUGAAAAGACCACUAGUGUUAUAUAACAUCAAAUGCAUCACAUCAUCUGGCAUUACUAUUUGAGGUGGUUUGACAGCUAAAGUCUGUCUGUCUUCAGUUUGUGAAAUAAUAGGCAACUAACAUGACGCAGGAGUACCCAGCAGUCUUGGCGACAUUCCUCCUCGUCUUCUUCACGACGGUCGGCUGCAAUCUGAUUCGGUCUCUGACCAAGAGAAUCCUGCGCAACGAUCCGGUCUGGUACAGCUAUGCUGCGGAACUCAUCUCCACGUUCCAACUCGUCGCAGGCGUCAUAGAGGGCGACAUCAUCCUGGAGGAGUACGGCCUCUACUGGUACGCUCUCUAUCUCUGGAUUCUCUUCGUGUCUGAGAGCCUUACGUUCGACGGCGACUCCACAGCCAACACCUGUAUGAUCUGGCAGUCCAUGCUCAAAGGUGACUUUAGCCCUGGGGUGGCGCUGUCCAAGAUAUGCCUUCAGGUGGUCGGAGGGCAACUAGCGUAUCCCUACGUGCGCUUCAUGUGGAAGGUGGUGCCGACCAACCGUCAUCAGAGGAAGGUCUCGCACCUGCUACAGGUCUACUGUGCUUCUGCAUUGAAUGUCUCUAUCCUGGAAGGUGGCUUUGCAGAAGCUUUGGCCACCCUGACCUAUUUCAUGACCCUCAACUUUCAGCCCAAAGGAAAGUACAGUGGAAUGUUUGCUGAUGCCGCAAUCCAGGUUUUGAUCAUCGUCACAGGUUUGGAGUGGACUGGGAUGAUGUUUAACCCCGCCCUGGCCGCAGGAAUCACCUUGAACUGUGGUAACCAAAGCCUCUUGGAGCACCUCUUGGUCUACUGGGCUGCACCGCUGGCGACCGUCCCUCUCGCCAGGGCCAUAGCAGGCGCCUUCAACAGGCCAACACCAGCGGUACCCCCUACCAAAGAGGACUAAGGGGGUACCGUCAUUAUUCAGGGUGCCAUGGACUUAAUUCAGGCACCACUACAAGGAUAGGGGAUUUCAUCAUUACUGUUUGGACUGCAUCUCUGAGCUACAUGUAUACCCCUUUAGCUAGGGCCAAUAUAAGCCCCAUUGAAGGGGCAGUACCAUGCAUGCACCAUAGAGAAACGAGGUGGUAUCUAAAGGUUUUUUUUUUUUGGGGGGGGGGUCGGUGAAUCGUAUCAUCAUCAUGAAAGGAUUGAACAAGGACUUGGUUUAAAAGGUCUUGAAUACAUUAGAAGCAAACUCUUCUGUAAAUUCAUCAUUUCAUUUUAAUAGUUAAAUGAAACGGGUCUGAAUGAAUCGUAAGCGCGAAAUUGAACAUGACACAGGGUUUAAAGCUAAUCUUGAGCUCUAGUUUGGGAAUAGCAUUUUGAGAGAAAAUUGCUAUGAUUCUGGAUUGCAGAUUUGCAGUAGAUUGGUUGUUUGAACCAGUGAAAUAAAAACAAACACACAAUGACUUUAAAUACUGGGCAUCAUCUUAAAGAUAGAUAAAAAACACUACUCCCAUUCGUACAUAGAGAUCUGUGUUAAGCACAUGGUGUCGGGUCUAUCCGGAUUUCCUUCAAUAUCUUUCUAUGCUCAUUACUCAGCCACUAUACAUUUUCUACCAAAAUCAUUUGGCAUUAUGUCAUUUAUAUAUGUAAUCUUGAAAAUUCAGUGUAAGUUUCGUUGGAAUUCUGUGUGAAUUUAUUUUCUAUAUUUACCAGAACUCAAGUUUAACUUUAAUUGCUAGACUGUACAGUGUAGAUGGCACAAAAUACGCCAUGUGCUGUACUCAUAUUGGCAUGGGCUAGGCUUUACUAAAGAUACUAAGAUAAACUUGGUACAGAUAUUUAUUUGAAGUGGAAAAUAACAGUCUAUGCCUGUAAACUAAUCAUCUAUAUAGGUCAAUUUCAAAUGGGAUUAAUAGCAAUAUUAAUUAUUAAAAGAAUUACAGUAUUACUGUAGCUUAUUGUUUAUUUACUGAUAAAGGUACAGGUUGAUGUAUGUCCAUUGACAAAAAUUAAUCUGCUAUCAUGAUGUACUGUACAUAUAGCAUCAACUUGGGCAGUGGUUGUAAAAGAACUGGAGGCGCUAAUUCUAAUAAAUAAAAUAAAUGAUAUUUCAGAACAGA